CACACAGACGUAGUCGCGACACCAGCAGCUCAUCGGUGUCGGCUCAGUACAGAAAGAGAGCCGUAUCAGUGAGUCACUGUUAACCGAUAAGUUCGUUACGAGCAAAGUUUCUUUUCGAGGAAGAAGGCGUUCUGAAAUAUUUUCACUUUAUGUUAACCAUUUAGUUGUGUACCGGCUCUAAGUAUUAAGUGUUCAUGUUCCGCACAAGUAAGGGCUGUGAGAGAGUUAUUCGGGGGGUGUAACGCUAGCCGUCCAGCUAGCUAGCUUAGCAAAACUUUCCUGUGAAAAAUGCCACCUUUACACCGCAGUGUGUGUCCUGUCCUGCUGCUAUGCCUCUGUACGCCUCUGGUGGCAGGCAUCGGGGAAACUCUGCUCCUGGAAAGUUGGCAGGAUGUGUGGGUUUUCCGUUUUUUCCUCAACAUCCUGGGCUACAGCACCAUCAUCAUCCCUGGAUAUCUCCUGAUUCACUACUUCAAGAGGAUUAACUAUCUUGAGACAGGCCGAGGGAUCUGUUUUCCCCUUAUAAAAGCAUGUGUGUUUGGCACUGACUCUAAAUCGACGCUGCCGGAUGAGGUAACUGAGACACCCAGAAUCGAGUCCACUUCACCGUCAUGGCAAGCCAUCAAACUUGUUUUCUGUGCAGCAGGACUGCAGGGCUCGUAUUUGACGUGGGGCGUGCUGCAGGAGCGAGUGAUGACGCGUUCCUAUGGAGCCAGUGAAGAUGGGCAAAACGGCGAGCGGUUCACGGACUCUCAGUUCCUGGUGUUCAUGAACCGCAUCCUGGCUCUUACCGUGUCCGGCCUCUGCUGCGUACUGUUUAAACAGCCCAGGCACACGUCACCCAUGUACAAGUACUCGUUUGCCUCCAUCUCCAAUGUCCUGAGCAGCUGGUGUCAGUACGAAGCCCUCAAAUACAUCAGCUUCCCUACACAGGUGCUGGCCAAAGCAUCUAAAGUCAUCCCUGUGAUGCUGAUGGGCAAGCUGGUGUCACACAAGAGCUAUGAAUACUGGGAAUAUUUUACAGCUGUGCUGAUCUCAGUGGGUGUGAGCAUGUUCCUUUUGUCGAGCUCUAGCAGUACCAAGCACGCAACCAUCACUACUUUCUCCGGCAUCAUCAUCCUGGCCGGCUACAUCGUGUUCGACAGCUUCACUUCCAACUGGCAGGACGAGCUUUUCCGCCACAAGAUGUCCUCGGUGCAGAUGAUGUUCGGCGUGAACCUGUUCUCCUGCCUCCUGACGGUGGGCUCUCUGUUGGAGACAGGUGCUCUGUUCGACUCGCUGGCGUUCAUGGGCCGCCACAGCGAGUUUGCAGCUCACGCUGCUCUGCUCUCGCUCUGCUCCGCUUGUGGCCAGCUCUUCAUCUUCUAUACCAUCGCACAGUUCGGCGCCGCCAUCUUCACCAUCAUUAUGACACUGCGCCAGGCCUUCGCUAUCCUGCUCUCCUGCCUCCUCUACGGCCAUGCCAUCUCAUCAACGGGAAUCUUUGGGGUGGCCGUGGUGUUCUUUGCACUCUUUCUCCGGGUCUAUGCACGUAGCCGAGUGAAAAAGAGCAGCAAGAAGUCAGCACAGGCACCAUUACAGAAGGUCUAGAUGAAGGACAGUGAUAACACAGCCACGUUAUUUGUGGUUUUGCUUCCUCUAUUUUCUUGUGCGUAUCUUGUGUGCGUGCGUGCGAGCUGGGGGUGUGUUUCAUAAAGCUUUGUUUCUACUCUGUGCAUAAAAAAAGUACUGAAAAGGGUGGCACUCUUUAUCUUUUUUUUUCUUUCUUUUUUUUUUUCUUCUUCUUUCUUUUUUUAAACACAGACUAAAAGAGAAGAGAAGGGAUAGUUACAUACUUUGUGUUGUGUGUUUGUUGUGGGUUCUGUUUUUGCUGAGCCGGCGUUUGGUCAGAGGUUGGAUUCUCUCCCUUGGGUACGUGCAAAGAUUUCUCUGUAUGUCUUUGUUACUGAAUAAGUGUGAACUUUAUUAUUUAUGGUUUAGAUUUUAAUUACAACCCGCUGAUCAUUUUUACCCCCAUCAAAUUAAAAAAAAAAAAAACAAUCAUUUAAAAUGCUUCAUUAUUAUUUGUGACGAUACCCCAUUCCCAUUUCUUUUAGGUAAUGAUGAGUUUGAGACGAUCCUCAUUGAGCGUUGCUUAAAAAGCAAACUGUUUUCGUAAUUUAAAAAAAAACAUCUGAAUGUGACGAAUACAUCCAGCAUUUCAGGCCAGUAACUGAUCUGCUCCUUUAAUCCUGCCUCUAAAUCUCACACUUCUGUCAGAUACCUUCUCUGAUUGGUUCAGUCAUACAAUUCAACAUCCAAUUGAUGGACUUUCACUUAAUCUGUGUGCUUAAGUAAGAAAAUCCCUCAAUCAUCUGAUGGUCGUUACAGUGGAAACAUGGAGUGAAGGGAUUAAGUUGAAUCUUGUCACCUUUCAAAACUUGUCUAAACAUAUUUAAAUCCACCUGUGCUUUUAUUUAUUUAUUUAUUUAUUUUUUCCUUCAGAGGGUCUGUUUUUUUUUUUUGUUUUUUUGUGUGUAUUUUCUACCCUUGAAUAAGAUGAUUGGAGUAAGUGCUGAGAUUUCUUCAGCACCAGACCGUGAGUGCCUACUGUAUUAUAAAGUAGAUUUUUCUGUAAUUAUAGGAGCUUGGCAGAUAGAAACAGGUGAUCUGCAAUCACAGCGUUCUUUACCUUGAGCAAGACUCAAAAUGAACAUUGGGCAUGUGCUGAUCAUUAGUUAUGCUGCGUGUGCUACAUAACACACACACACACACACACACACACACACAUACAUACAUAAACAGCUGUUGUUAUUCCAAAUACCAUCACUUAACCUAAGUUACAUUCACUGGAGUUAAAAAUCUGUCCAAGGAGACUUGAUUUAGCCAAAUCUGGAGUUACAUCCUUCUUAGCCAGGAUAAGACGCAGGAUAAGACCGAGGUUAAUUUAACAUUAAAACGCUGCUCAGUCAGAACACAUACAGAUGAUCAUGGUAUCUUUGUUAAAUACAAUAUUGUGCGGAUUUUUUUUGAUAAAAGCAUACAUUAGGUGUGGCGUUUUACUCUGAUCUAUAUUAUACGAAACAUCGCUGGUCAUUUUAAUGUCUCCGAUUAAAAAGGUGCUCUUUCUUCUUCUUCUUCUUCUUCUCUUACUGGCUGAGAAGAGGACUUUUCUGAUGAGGCACAGGUUUGUUCAGAACAAAAAAAAAAAUCCAUAUUUCUCUAAAAAUAAAUAUUCACCACCUUUGAACAUGGCUGAAUAACAAUGCCAAAAUGACGUAAAGAGAAAUCUAUGAAUCUAGAAGCGCAGACUCUUGCCUUAUUAUUAUUAUUAUUAUUAUUAUUAUUAUUAUGUACCAUUACCAUCCUGAUGCUAAUUAUUAUUAAGCAUUUGAUUAAAGGCUAGCCGGUUGUUGUUAUGAAAACUUAAUAUCAGCACGGGGCUAAUUUACCUUCUUAGAAGCACUAUAUUCUCACUCAAGUGGUGUUUGAACCUUUUAAAUCUUUUCCAUCGUAUCGGUCCAUUGUUCAUCGGAGGGUCAGAUUAUGACUUAAGACAGCCAGUCGUUCUACUCGACAUGGCCGUGUGUGCAUUUGCACACGAUUUGAUUAAAUGAUCUUGUAAAAAAAAAAAAAAAAAAAUGUUUUCUCGUAUGACGUUCUCCUGUCCUGUUUGUUCACCACGUGUACCGUAUGCUUGGGUUUAAUGAUGCCGGGUCGCUUGCAGUGGGUGUCCCAACCGACCACGUUACAAACCCCACAGUUCAUUCACCUUUCAGCUGGGAUACUGAUUUUUGAAGUUCGCAAUUUGAAUGUGGAAAGUAAGAGGAAUCGAUGAAGAGGAUCCAGAGAAGCCAGUAGUUUUCUUUCCCCACGUAGAACCUGUAGGCCUGUUUAGAGUUUGCAAAUUCCUAGUAGAGUUUUGCUUUCAGCUACACCCACUCAGCACUCUGGAGCUGAUCACCUGGUCCUCUCUCUUCAAAACCUUAGAGACCGGCUUGCGAGAUUCUGAGUGUAACUGUAUAUACAUAUUCAUGGUUUAUGAAGCCUCUGACAAAAUUAUAUUUACAGUAAAUAUAAUGGCUGCCAUUUCGAGCCCCUGUUUGAACCUCCCUUGUGAGGUUACAAACAGCCAAUCCAUGUGGAGGAAACCUACCAGUCUUCCACUGCAGGUUACACUAGUGAUAUAUCUGGAGUGCUUUGGCAGAGUAACCACUGAAUCAUAGAUGGAGGAUGUACGUGUAUGAAAAUGGGAUAUCUGCCAAGACAUCGGUUAACACAUGACUACGCUAACAGCUUCAGAUUUAUCGAUGACCGUGAAUUUGUGACUCAAAAUGAAGCUGUAAUCAGUGUAUUUUGCACAAAGUUCAUUUUUCACAGCUACAUGGGAACCCAGCGCUCAGCCCGUCAGUAAUAAUGGUGUGAGGGAUGUACCGUGUGUCGUAUGUACACGUAUGAUAUUUUCUCCGAUUAUUUUGGGCAGCAAACUAUCCAUAUAAAGGAUCAGAUCUAGUAAUGCUUUAUUUUUCUUCUUCUUCUUUAUCUUGUUUUAAUGAUUCAUCAAAAAAACAAAACAAGACUUGAGCGUGUAACAGGAUUGUACAGAUGACUCUGCAUUCGUUCCUUUGAGUAACACUAAUGUUUGUAUGUGAUACUAAUGUGUUUAAGUUGUAGUGUUUAAGCUUUCUUUGGGUUGUUGUUCUGUAUGCAGUAACGGUCAGCCAAAUGAACACAGGUGAUCUGCUUUCAGCAUAUAUGAAGAAGCACCAGGUAGACAAUGCAGUGAUGCUGUUUUACACCUUAUUUUUAAAAGAGAGAACACCGUGUGAUUUGUCAUCUGCCUUAAUUUGUGGUAACUAUGGUUAUUUGAACUACACAAACAAUACCUGUUUUUUAUUUUAAUACUAACAUCCUACUUGAUACCAUGAUGUUAUAUAUAUAAAAUAAAGAACACAUACUGGUUAU